ACAAGAUGGAGAUUGAUGACCUCUCGAGCAACAUGGAGGGUAUCUCGAGAUCGAAGGCUAACCUGGAGAAAAUGUGUCGUACUCUUGAGGAUCAGCUAAGUGAACUGAAGACCAAGAAUGAAGAACAUGUGCGUCAGUUAAAUGAAAUUAAUGUCCAAAGAUCAAGACUGAUGACUGAAAAUGGGGAAUUUGGUCGUCAGUUGGAGGAGAAGGAGUCUCUUGUUUCACAGCUUACGAGGGGAAAAAUGGCUUAUAUUCACCAAAUUGAGGAGCUCAAAAAGCACCUUGAGGAAGAAGUUAAGGCCAAGAACGCCCUGGCUCAUGCUGUCCAGUCAGCUCGUCAU